UGGAGUUUCUUUGUAAAACUGUGUAGAACAGCAGUCACCAUGCUGGGCUCUGCUAUUCUCUUCUGGAUCAGCUUCAUCCUCCUCUUCCUCCUCUUCAGAACCAAGAGGCCCAAAAACUUCCCCCCCGGACCUCGACCCAUCCCGAUAUUUGGAAACCUGCUGCAGCUGGACCUGGUAGAUCUUCUCAACGAUCUCAGGAAGCUGUCAGAGCGCUAUGGGAAGGUCUACAGUAUCUAUCUUGGGAGGAAGCCAGCUGUGGUGCUCAACGGCCUGCAGGCAAUGAGGGAAGCACUGGUCACUCAAUCUGUGGAGUUUGCUGGACGACCCAAAGGCCUUAUGAUAAAUCAUCUCUCGGAGGGGAAAGGAGUUGGCAUGACUGACGGGCCAAUGUGGAAGGAGCACCGGAGAUUUGCCCUCACAACCCUACGGAACUUUCGCAUGGGGAAACCAUCCAUGGAGGAGAGGAUUCUUGGAGAGAUUUUCCACAUAGUCAAACAUUUGGAAAAGAAUGCUGGCAAAUCUACAGACCCCCAAACCCUGUUCCACAAGGCCGGAUUCAACAUCAUCUGUACUGUCCUGUUUGGGACUCGGUUCAAACAUGAAGAUGAGUUUCUGCAGCUCAACAUCCGCCAUAUCACGGAAAACUCCAAGAUCAUUAAUGGCCUGUGGGGAAUGAUUUAUGAUACUUUGCCGCUGCUGAGGACCCUCCCCCUGCCCUUCCAGAAGGCUUUUCAGAACAUGCGCAUGAUCAGAAAGUCACUGGCAGACCAGGUGUCCCAGCACAAGGAGUCCCGGGUCCCAGGAGAGCCACGGGACCUAAUUGACUGCUACCUAGAUGAAUUGGAAAAGAGAGGAGAUGAUGGCUCCUCCUUCAGUGAAAAUCAGCUGGUCUAUUAUCUGCUGGACCUCCUCUUUGCUGGAUCAGACACCACCUCCAACACACUCCUCACAGCCUUCCUGUACCUCAUGACUCACCCAGAUGUUCAGGAGAGGUGUCAGAAGGAGAUCGAUAAGGUGCUUGGGGAGAAGGAGCAGGCAUCUUUUGAGGACAGGCACAUGAUGCCCUACACACAGGCCAUGAUCCAUGAGGUUCAGCGAGUCGCUGACACAGCACCUCUCUCCGUGUUCCACGCCACCACCAAAGACACACGGCUGAUGGGCUACGAUAUCCCCAAGGGGACCAUCAUUAUCCCCAACCUCUCCUCUGUACUGAGUGAGGAAAGCCAGUGGAUGUUUCCUCAUGAGUUCAACCCCUCCAACUUCCUAAAUGAUCAGGGGAAGUUUGUGAAGCCAGAGGCCUUCAUGCCUUUUUCUGCGGGGCCUCGGGUGUGUCUGGGAGAGGGUCUCGUACGCAUGGAGCUCUUCCUGAUUCUCGUGACGCUGCUACGCCGCUUCAAGUUCGUCUGGCCUGAAGACGCAGGGGUGCCAGACUACACCCCUGUUUUUGGUGUCACUCACUCGCCCAAACCCUAUAAAAUGGUUGUUAGACUAAGAGGUAGUGAAGGCCUCUAGUGCCCCGUGUAUUUUGUGGUGCACUGUCAGUAUCUAUGCACUGUGUGUGUGUGUGUGUGUGUGUGUGUGUGUAUGUCUGUGCGCGUGCAUGCACGCAUGGUUAUUCAAAGACAGUCUUGAUAAGAGCACCAGUAUAUGCCUAAAAUAAAAUAUAAAACACAAAUGUUCAUGCUUAAAUUGCCACUGCUACAAGGUAAUCAGUGAGAAUGUGCAAACGAUGCAUCCAUAUAGGGUGACGUCAGGGAAUUUGGGACACUUCAGUUUCUGAGUCUGCCAUUCUGUGUCAAUGCUUGGCUGUCCAUUCACCUUCAAGACAUCAAAUCUCAACACGUCAACCAGUACUAACUACAGCAAUUAAUAUGUGGACAGUGGUGUAUUUUCAACAAAUAUAGAUAGAGAGGAAAAUAAUAUUUGUUAUCACAACAUUUAGGUUUCUUAUUGAGUUAGGACUCAAGUCAAGAAGUUAUGAACGCAACAUUUA